AUGGUCGACACCACGGCGCCGUCCGUUGAGGCCAGCACCGAGGCGAUCUUGUCCACUUCCCCUGCAUCCUCCACAAUCUCAGUAGGUGGCUCGCCUCACAAGCAUACCCAGACUGCGGCAGACCGUCUCGCCUCGGCGCAGGCCAAAGACGCUGCUGCUGCUGCCAAAUCGCAUCGCUCGCGCACAUCUUCGGGCACUUCCCGAUCGAGCAUGGAAGGAGCACGGCCCAAGCUUCCAUCCCUGCUGCAAGCCACCACCACUCGAUCGGCGGCGACACCUACAACCAGCAACCCCGUCGAACUUCUUUCCACCGACAAGCUCAAGGAAGACAAAAUCAAGAGCGCCAGUGAUACUCGCAGCUCCAUCGAUGGCAGCUCUCAGCCUACCUCGAGGCGCGGCUCGCGUGAUGUGAUGCGCACCGCAGAUGCAAAGGUCGCGGGCUCAAGUCAGGUCAAGACGGUGUCCAAACCCAUUCCUAACGCCCCGCCUCUGGUCGCACUCCUGUCCGAUUCCAAGGUAUCCCACUUGAUCAAGCAAGGCGCCGAGGCCAAGGUGUACAUUUCCAGCAUUACCGGCAAAAACAUCCCGACGUGGCCGCAGCUCCGCUCCUCCUCGUCGACGCCGCCACAGGCUAAUGCUCCUCAGCCAGUCUUGCUCAAAUGGCGCUUUCCGAAGACCUACCGACACCCUACGCUGUCGAACAGCAUCACGGCCUCGCGCACCAUCAUGGAGGCAAGGGCGCUGCUACGUUGUGCCAAGGCCGGCGUGGCUGUACCCGCCGUGCGAUGCGUCGACGAGAAGGAAGGCAUCCUCGGUCUCGAGCUCAUCGCGGGCAAGAGCGUGCGCGAAUGGCUCGGAGGCGGCGCAGAGGGCGAAGACGAAGAAAUUGUCGAGGCCGACGACGCCGACGCAGCCCCUGAGGAUGACGACGAGGUCCUCUCAGAGGCAGAGCAGCUCAAGCUGAUGAGGCUCAUUGGUCGACAGCUUGCUGUCAUGCACGAGGCUGACAUCAUCCACGGUGACCUCACCACUUCCAACAUGAUGCUCCGCCCCGCAGCCGCAUCGGGUUCUGCCGAGAGUGCCGCCCAGGUCGACCUGGACAAGGACGAGGUGGUCUUGAUUGAUUUCGGUCUUUCGUCCGUGUCUGCGUUUGCAGAAGACAAGGCGGUGGACCUGUAUGUGCUCGAGCGCGCCUUUGCCUCGACGCACCCGGCUUCCGAAGGUCUCUACCAGACGAUUCUCGACAGCUACGCCGAGGAAGUGACGGCAAGGUCUUCGGGCAAGAACCGCGGCAAGGGCGGAAAGCUCGGAAAGUGGGAAGAGACACGAAGGAAGCUCGAGGAAGUACGAUUGCGCGGGCGAAAGCGAUCCAUGGUGGGGAGUGCUCUUUUGCAGGACAACUGGAAUCGUCGUGUGGCGGUCAAUUGGGAGCUGGCCAUCCACGUCGAAUGCCAUGGGCUCGUUGCAGCGGUUUGGGCGCUGCCAAGCUUGGCGGCCUCUUUCCUUCGACUGCGUCCAACAGAUGCGCUGCGACUGCUGCCCGCGGUCCGAGGUUCGACACGGACGAGCGGGGUGGACGGUGGGGAGUGGCAUGCGCUGGCUUCGCGCAUGGAUACUGAGCUCGACCAUAUUGGCUCGGCGACUCUGUUGGACUCGCAUUCUCCGCAUGAGAGCUGCGCAAGGACGCCACCGACCCAAUCGCGGCCACUCAUGAGCCUGGUCCUGGCGCCGUUCCAAGUAAAGACGCUGUCGGUUCCACUGGCAAGACCGCUCGAGCGCGUGCUGGACAGAGCACUCACUGCCGCACUCUGCACGGUCGACCGUCUCCUGCCUGCGACCGCCUCACUUUCACAGCCGUAUGCGCUUCGUGCAAAGCGCAAGACGGACUGA